CAUCGAUAAGUAUAAAAAUGGAGGAAAUUAAAACGAUGGCAUCAGUUUUCAGUUUUGUAUCAACCAAAGUCAUACCGGCACAAGCAUGGCAUUCAAAUUUGUUAUUUUGGCACUUACCCUGGCCUACGUCAAUGCCGGCAAUUUAAUCGCACAACCCGCCGCUGUAGCUUACUCCCCAGCUACCGCAGUAAGCAGUCAGUACCUUCACCAAGCCUCAGCUCCUGUAGCUUACGCUAAGGCAUACGCCGCACAACCUGUAGCUACUUAUGCUGCCGCUCCCGCUGUAGCAUACCAAUCCGCUCCAGCUGUAGCAUACCAAUCAGCCCCAGCAGCUGUAGCUUACCAUUCAGCUCCAUCCGUAGCUUACCACGCACCAUCUGUCGGAAUUUCCCAACAAUCCGUAUCUAGAUCUCUUGGCGGUGCCCAAUCUGUGUCAACCUAUUCCAAAUCUCUAGACAGUGCUUUCUCUAGCGUACGCAAAUACGACACCAGGAUCACCAAUGAUGCUUUGGCUUACGCACCAGCGCAGGUCGCCUACUCUGCUCCCCUUGUUACCAAGGCUUACGCAGCUCCCGCACCUGUAGCAUACGCCUCCGCCGCUCCCUUCGCCUAUGCUGCACCUGGCCCAGUCGUAACCAAAACUUAUGCUGCCCCAGCUCCUCUGAGUUAUGCCGCGCCUGCAUCCAUUGUAACCAAGGCUUAUUCUGCCCAUGCUCCAAUCAGCUACGCCGCACCUGGCCCUAUUGUAGCUAAGUCUUAUGCUGCUCCAGCUCCACUUACUUAUGCUGCGCCUGGUCCUAUUAUAACCAAGACUUAUGGUGCUCCAGCUCCAAUUGCUUAUGCCGCUCAUGGACCAAUUGUAACCAAGAGUUAUGCUGCUCCUUCCCCAAUCGCCUAUGCUGCUCCUGCAUCAGUUGUGACCAAGACUUAUGCUGCUCCAGCGCCUGUAGCCACUUAUGCCGCUGCUGCUCCAGUAAUUGCCAAAACUGGUGUGUCUUACUCUCCAGCUGCCGUUGUAGCGCAUACCGCUUUCCAGGGAUACGGUGUUGAAUAUCAUAUCGUAAUCCUUGCCGCUACCUUGGCUUUCGCCAACGCUGGUCUCCUCCACUCCGCACCAGCAGUAGCCUACUCUGCCCCAGCUGCCGUAGCCUACUCGGCCCCAGCCGUAGCCUACUCUUCCCCAGCUGUAGUCUCCAAAUCCAUCAGCUCCACAUCCCAAGUCCACCCAUCCCCUGUCUACUCUACUUACGCUGCCGCCGCUCCCAUUGUAGCCAAAGCUGCCUACGCUCCCGCCCCAGUAGCUUACUCAGCUCCUUUGGCUGCCCCCGUAGCCUACUCCGCACCAGCCUACGCCGCUGCCGCUCCAGUUGUAGCUGCCUACUCCGCUCCAUCUGUAUCCAAAUCUGUUGUAUCCACCUACACCAGCCACGGAGCUCCAUCUGUAGUAUCCAGCUACGCUGCCGCCCCAGUUGUAGCUAAGGCCGCGUAUGGUGCCCCAGCUGUAGCUUACUCCGCUCCUGUAGCUGCUCCAGUAGCCUACUCCGCCCCAUCUUACGCCUACUCUGCUCCAGCAGCUUAUGCCUACUCCGCUCCAGUUGUAGCCAAGGCCGCCUAUGCUGCUCCAUCUUACGCCUACUCUGCUCCAGCAGCUUAUGCCUACUCCGCACCAGUUGUAGCCAAGACUGUAGCCGCUCCCGUAGUAUCCAGCUACGCCGCACCUGCCUGGUAAAUGGAGAAGAUAUCUUUCUGUAAAUUUAAUUUAUUGUAGUUAAAAUACUUAAAUUAUUAAACCAAAAAGGCCAUUGUAUAUCGAACAUUCUGUAAAUAAAUUUCGAAUCUCUUAAAAUUUUA